CCUUGGUGGUGGCGGUGGUGCUGGUGGGGAUGGCGUGGUGGUGGCGCGGGGUGGGGGCAGUGGCUAAUUCGGCGUUAACUGGGCUUGAGUACAGAGACGUGAUCACCUUGGGGGUGCAAACAAGUUACCUGAUCUCCCAGCACACCUUGAUAAGUAAGCCCCCAGACGGCGGGCAGGCGCUUCUGGAGUGCAUGAAAGCCUGUCUGGCCGCCCCUGGGUGCGUUACCUUCAUCAUGUACUCGUCACAAAACCUGUGCUACUUGUCCAGACACGACAGGUGCGCCAAUCCAACGCAUUCCCUCAUCAGCGUCCCAGGACUCAUCACGUACGAGGUGAAGGCCGCGGAUGCGCCAGACGCAGGUACCACCUGCCUUGCCUCCUGCCGCGCCUCCGCCAGCUGUCACACGUGUGGACGCCCCAACUGCAAGGGCGAGCUGUGUGAAGAGUGUUCCACCUCCUGCUGGACCCUGGAACCCCUAGUAGUGGGCACCGUAAGCAUCGUGUUCAGUCUUACAGCCGCUCCUCUGCCCGCCACCUGCCAGAAUGAGUGGCAGCUGGUGUGGAGUGGCGGCACCACUGCCCCGCUGUUCCCGGAUCACACCACGGCCACGUUCCGAAUGCUGGUGGUGCUUACGUACACGGACAUGACGCGCCAAGCGGAGUUCUCCGGAGCGAAGUUCAGCGGCACGUACCUCACGGUGCAGACCUUCGUGACCGGCGACGCUGGCAACGGGUGGUUCGCGCCCUUCGUCAGCCGCCAGAAUAUUUACACCGAAGAGUCUAACCUGUACGCCUUCUUCUACGUCCCCGGCACGCUGAUCGCAUGGGGCGUGGAGUCCUACGUGGAGCAGGUGGCCCGCAACGCCACCCCCAUCACCCGUGGCUACUAUUGGUACCACGUUGACCCAAUCAUCGCCACCACGCGUAUCACCCACAUCAGUCUCUGGAUCUCGCCCUGAGCUGCUGCCGCGUUGGGAUGGACCGCCGGGACGUCUGUGGCGGCGUGUUGGAUUGCUGCGGUGGCUACUCGCUGCCUAGAGGUUCCUGGAAAGUCUUUUGGCGGAGUCCAGUCCAUUCCAGUCCAGCACAGUUCAGUCCAAAUCCAUAUCCCGUUCAGUUUAGUUCAGUCCAAUCCGCUUCAUUCCAGCCCGAUUCAUUCCGUUCAAGUGCAGUCCAGUACAGUCCAUUCCAAUCCACCCCAAAGCAUUCCAGUCCAUUCCAGUCUAUUUCAGAGCAUUCCAGCCUGUUUCAGUCUUGCCUAGAGCAUUUCAGUCCAUUCCAGCCUUGCCCAGAGCAUUUCAUUUCAGUCCAUUCCAAUCCAGUCUAGAAUAUUCCAGUCCUUUCCAAUCUAGCCCAGAGCAUUCCAGUCCAGGCCACAGUAUUCCAGUUCAUUCCAAUCUAGCCCACAGCAUUUCAGUCCAUUCCAAUCUAUCCUAGAGCACUCCAGUCCAUUCCAGUCUAGCACAGAAUAUUCCAGUCCUAUCCAAUUCCAGCAAUCAAUAGUCGUGAUAUAUGCCUCUGUACCGCAUGCCCCUUGUGGUGUGUGUGUGUGUGUGUGUGUGUGUGUGUGUGUGUGUGUGUGUGUGUGUGUUUCUUUUUAUUCUUAGUUGUUUUUCUUUUUUUUUUCUAUUUUUUUUUUCACCUAUUUUUCAUCCAUCUAUUUAUUUUGCCUCUUUUUCACCCAAUGUUCAUCCAUAAUUUUGUGCUACUUCUUUACGACAGAUAAAUGAAACAGUGCAUAGCUGAAGCUGCGGUGUUCUGCUUGCAACAUGAACACACUUGGGCUUUCCAGAACAGCUGACUAAUGUGUUGAGUUGCUGGUCGGGAGUGUUGCCUUUAGAGCGCCACGCACUGACACGCCCCUUCUCAUUGUGUGGGUCUUCUGUUUUCCUCUUUGUUUUUCCUUUUUUUUUCUUUCUCUCUCUCUCUUAUUAUCAGAAAUGUAUGCACUGUUCUCUUCAUUUCCCCACUAUAUUUAUUUUCCAACAGGUACGCCUCUACAGUGUUCUCUGCUCUAUAUGGUUGCAGCAGUCUGACACUUUUAAUGUGAUGUGAAGGUUGCCACGCAUUUAUUUUGUUUUAUUUUGCUUUUCAUUCAGGUCAUCUUCACUAUUUAAGAGAGUUUUUAGAAGAGCGACUGAAUGAAAAGUACAAAGGAAUUCUUUCAAUUUAUAUUUUUUUUCCUUUUUUUUAUUUUAUGGCUUUGGAUUCGUCCCUUGUUUUUUAAUCUCAUUCUUUUUCAUACAUCUCUUCAUUAUUCUUUUAUCAAGUCAACUUUAUUCGUUUUUUUCUUUUUUGAGAAAUGCAGUUGAAUGAAAAGUACAAAGGAGUAACUUCAAUUUCUUUUUUUUUUUUCUUUUUCUUGAUUUUCAUGACUUUGGAUUCGUCCUGACGUGAUCUCCUCGCCCUUGUCUUCCUCCUCUUCCUCUUCCUCCUCCUCCUCCUCCUCUUUAUCCUUCUGAUUCAAAGCCUAAUCCCAAUAUCAUUUUGUGCAGUCCGUGACGAGGAAAUUUCCCCAUUUUCUAUAUUCCCUCUUUGUCCCAUUUUCUUUGUCUUCUCCCCAGCAUCAUUAUAAUUCUUCCUCCUCCUCCUCCUUCUCCUCCACAAACGCUGCCAUGCUAAUAUCACUAAUCCAAUUUGCGGCGCCCCGAUCGUCGGCUCGUGCGGUUCACGUUUCAAUAUUAUAAAAGUUUUAAUCAGGGAAGCGGCGCGGGUGAUUGCUGGACUGACUGGCUGGGUGGUGGUGGUGGUGGUGGUGAUCCAAGGUGGUGGCCGCUGCUGCCUGAAAUAUUGCUGCUGAUGCUACUGUUGUUGUUGCUGGUGUCGUUGGUUUUAGUGUUGUUGCUGCUUAUGUUUCUUUGAUGGUGGUGAUGUAUGGGUGUUAUGAUGAAUUGGGCUAGUUGUGAGA